CGCGGAAUUCCCAACGCCGCACCUUCACCGCCGGGCUCCCCAGUCCAAUCCAACCCAACCCCAGUCCGGCGACGGUUCCGGUACGUUUGCCCCCGUUUCCAGGGGCUCAAUCCCACCAUCUCCUCGCCCGCUUCCCCGCCCCCCAAAAUCGCGUUGCGGGAUUUUUUGUUUCUCCUCCCUGAUUUUUUUCCACGCGUUCUUCUACCAGGGCAGCGCGCGAUCGGAUCGUCGCGGGUUCGGCUUCUCGUCGAACGGCGCGGAUUCCUGCCCCCGAUCGGAGGGCGUCGGCUGCGGCGCCUCGGCGUCUGAUCUGCUGCGGUCGGCUUCUUCUUGGGAGAGGAGUGGGAUGGACGGGGAAGCGAUCCGGAUGGGUGGCGGCAACUUGGCGCCCGCCUACCUCUCCGGCGCCGCCACCGCCACCGCCAUCACCAUGCAGGAUCCGAACCAGAACCAGAACCAGAACCAGAACCAGAACCAAAGCCAGUUCCUGUUCAGCGCCAACUCCACGGCGCUGCAGCUGUUCGGAAGCGCCGCGGUCCCCACGGUUGGUCCUGCUGGUUAUAUAAAUUACACUGGAAACACCCACCUUCCUGUUAUGAACCAAGCAAGUACUUCAAACAUCGGCGCAGGGAAUGAGAACUUGCUGAAGCUUCAGGUGCCAUUGAGCGACUAUCACCAACAGAGUGCUGGCCGGUUAGCACGUGUUGGCAAUCCGGGUGCUGUAUCGACUGGUCUAAGGCUGUCUUACGAGGACGAUGAGCGCAAUUCGUCCAUCACAUCUGGCAGCGGUAGCAUGGCCUCGUUGCCUGCCACGAUGUCCUGUGUCGAUGGUUUCAUGGCUGAACUGGACAAGGAAAGCAAAGAGAUUAACUUCUACUUGAGACUCCAGGCAGACCAAAUCUGCAAGCGGAUGAAGGAGGCGAACCAGCGGUGGAUGGUCUCGUUCCUGGCGAGCGUCAAUCAGGCGGUGGGGAAGAAGCUGCGGGACAAGGAACUGGAGGUGGAGGCGGUGAACAGGAAGAGCAAGGAGCUGAACGAGCAGAUGAGGCAGGUCGCCAUGGAGGUGCAGUCGUGGCAGUCAGCGGCCAUGUACAACCAGUCGGUCGUGAACACCCUGAAGAACAAGCUGAUGCAAUUGGUGGCGCAGAACACCAACCUCGCGAGAGAAGGCAUGGGCGACAGCGAGGAUGUAGCCUCCAGCCAAAGCCCCGACGCCGGAGGAGACGCCCUGGGUGGUCUCAGGGGCACGGCUACCGUCGGGCUGGGGGCCUGCAGGUGUUGCGGCAGGAAGGAGGCGUCGGUGCUGGUGAUGGCGUGCCGCCACCUCUGCCUGUGCGCCGACUGCGACAAGGUCUCCGACGUGUGCCCCGUCUGCCGGUUCCCCAAGAGCGGCAGCGUGGAGAUCAACAUGUCCUGACAAGGACCUAUGCUAUGCAAGGACGUCGUGUCGACCAAAAUCAUCAUCGGCGGGGCAGGGCGGGGGUAUACACAGUGACUAGUAGAUGGUGUACAUGUCAGCAUACUUUUUCCUUGACUUGGGAUUUCUUCUUCAGAUGGUAAAGGAGGAGAUCAAUAUGUCCUGACAAGGACCUAUGCUAUCGAUCGAAGUUGGCGGGGCGGAGGUAUACACAGUAACUAGUACUAGAUGGUGU